CUGGUCAUGUGAUCUGGUCAUGUUGAGGGUUGACGUCAUCUGACGGCUCCGGGAGAAACAUGGCGGCCAAGGGGGGCAGCAGUAACUCUCGGGGGUUUUAUUUCAACACAGUGCUGUCCCUGGCCCGCUCCCUGGCAGUGCAGCGACCGGCGGCCUUGGAGAAGGUGCAGAAGUUGCUAUGUAUGUGCCCCGUUGAUUUUCAUGGAGUGUUUCAACUGGACGAGAGGCGCAGAGAUGCACUUAUUGCUUUGGGAAUUUUCUUGGUUGAAUCUGACCUCCAGCACAAAGAUAAUAUUGUACCAUACCUUCUGAAGCUACUGAGGGGACUUCCAAAGGUACUAUGGAUAGAGGAGAGCACAUCUCGAAAAAACAAGGGCAUGCUUCCAGUAGCUGAGACAUUUAGCUUCUGCCUUGUUACUUUACUCUCAGAUGUUGCUCACAGAGAUGUAACCUUCAGAGGACAGAUAUUGGAGACAAUCCUAGAUGUGAUGCAGUGUCUGCUGGGAAUGUGUCAGUCCCCACAGAUCCAGGACAAAGAAUACCUGUGCAAGUAUGCAGUGCCAUGUUUAAUUGGUAUUUCCCGGGCCUUCGGAAGAUAUAGCAACAGUGAAGAGUCUCUACUGUCCAAGUUGUUUCCCAAGAUCUCUCCCCAAUCUCUGAAGGCUCCGGAAGAGCUGGAAGGAAUUCGUAGGCGCUCCUUCAAUGAUUUUCGAUCUAUUCUUCCAAAUUCACUGCUCAAUGUAUGUCAAGGGGACUCGCUGAAGAGAAAGACUAGUAGUGUAUCUAGUAGUUCACAGGUCAGCCCAGAUCGUGUCGUUCCCCUGCCUGGAUCUCCUGCUGGAUCCACCAUGCAGUAUUUUGAAGGGUCUUAUUUACCAGAUGGAAGUGCGGUAGAUCCAGAUUAUUGCCUUACCACCAUCAGCUCCAGCUUCUCUGUCUCCCCCCUAUUUACUGGUGUCAACAAUAAAGACUUUGAUAUCCCUCAAGAAAACCUGCGUCAACUACUGUGCAUGGUGAAGCAGAUUGUUGCAGAUCCAUUUUUGAGCUCAUUGGAUUCUCUCAUCACUGAAGUUACAGAGGCUAAUCCCAGCGCUGAUCUUUUUUACAAGACAUUUAGUGAUCCUCUCUACGUAGCAAUGUUUAAGAUGCUCAGAGAUACACUGUAUAACAUGAAAGACCUCCAGACCUCCUUUGUGAAGGAAAUCCAUGACUUUGUACUUGAGCAGUUUAACAGCAGCCAGUCUGAACUACAGAAGUUAUUACAUGAUGUGGAUAGACUGCACAGUGAACUAAGCCCUUUGAAGUUGAGAUGUCAGGCUAAUGCCGCUUGUGUGGACCUCAUGGUAUGGGCUGUAAAAGAUGAGCAAGGUGCAGAGAAUCUAUGCAUUAAACUGUCUGAGAAGCUGCAGUCGAAGACCUCUAGUAAGGUUAUCAUUGCCCACAUGCCUCUCCUGAUCUGCUGCUUACAGGGAUUGGGUCGUCUCUGUGAACGCUUUCCUGUUGUGGUUCAUUCUGUAACUCCAUCUCUUCGGGAUUUCCUGGUCAUACCUUCUCCAGUGCUGGUGAAGCUCUAUAAAUAUCACAGCCAAUAUCAAUCAGGCGUUAAUGACAUUAAGAUCAGCAUCACAAAUGAGCACUCCGAAUCAACAAUGAAUGUCAUACAUGGUAAGAAGAGCCAGCCCUCCAUGUAUGAGCAACUGCGAGACAUUGCCAUUGAAAACAUCUGCAGGUGUUUAAAGGCAGGAUUGAAUGAUCCAGUUAUUGUAGAAGUCCUUGCCAGGUUAUCCAAUCGUCUUUAUAUAUCGCAGGAGAAUGAAAAGGGAUGCACAUUUGAUUCUGACCAUACAAUCCGUGCUUUGGGUCACAUUGCUGUGCUUGAGGGAUACACAAAGUUGAUGGGAGCUAUUCUUCAGAUCCCUCCAACAGAAGUUUUGUCACCCACAUCACAGCUCGAUGUGCUUAUCAUAGACCAGCUGGGGUGUCUGGUGAUACUGGCAAUGUAACAAUAUAUUUACCAGGAGGUUUGGAACCUAUUCCAGCAGAUAAGUGUGAAAGCCAGUUCAGUGGUGUACUCUGCUACCAAGGACUACAAAGAUCAUGGGUAUAGACAUUGCUCAUUAGCUGUCAUUAACGCCCUGGCAAACAUAGCAGCCAACAUCCAAGGAGAACAGCUGGUAGAUGAGCUGCUGAUGAACCUACUGGAGCUGUUUGUGCAACUGGGACUAGAGGGCAAGCGGGCCAGUGAGAGAGCCAGUGAAAAAGGUCCAGCGCUCAAGGCUUCUAGCAGCGCAGGGAACCUGGGGGUCCUCAUACCUGUAAUUGCUGUGUUAACAAGAAGAUUACCACCAAUUAAAGAGGCCAAACCAAGACUUCAGAAGCUCUUUAGAGAUUUCUGGCUGUACUCUGUUCUGAUGGGCUUUGCAGUGGAAGGGUCAGGUCUAUGGCCUGAGGAGUGGUAUGAAGGAGUCUGUGAAAUAGCUACUAAGUCACCAUUGCUGACAUUUCCUAGCAAGGAGCCUUUGCGGUCAGUACUGCAGUACAACUCUGCUAUGAAGAAUGAUACCGUGACACCGGCUGAACUUAAUGAGCUAAGGAGCACAAUUAUAAAUCUGCUGGACCCGGCUCCUGAGGUAUCUGCACUCAUCAACAAGCUAGACUUUGCCAUGUCCACCUAUCUGCUCUCUGUCUAUCGCCUGGAACAAAUGAGAGUUUUGCACUCAACAGAUAAGGAUCGGUUCCAAGUGAUGUUCUUUUACUUUGAAGAUAAAGCUAUCCAGAAAGAUAAGUCAGGGAUGAUGCAAUGUGUUAUUGCUGUAGCUGAUAAAGUAUUUGAUGCCUUUUUAGCAGUGAUGGCUGAUAAGCCUAAAACCAAGGAGAAUGAGGAAGAGUUGGAACGUCAUGCACAGUUCUUGCUGGUGAACUUCAAUCACAUUCACAAGCGCAUCAGGAGGGUCGCAGACAAAUAUUUAUCUGGACUGGUAGACAAGUUCCCGCAUUUACUAUGGAGUGGUAAAGUGUUGAAAACCAUGCUUGAUAUCUUGCAGACUUUGUCUUUGUCACUUAGUGCGGACAUUCACAAGGACCAACCAUAUUACGACAUUCCAGAUGCUCCAUACAGAAUCACUGUGCCUGAUACUUAUGAGGCCAGAGAGAGCAUUGUAAAGGACUUUGCUGCUCGUUGUGGGAUGAUCCUGCAAGAAGCUAUGAAAUGGGCACCAUCUGUGACAAAAUCCCACUUGCAGGAAUAUCUGAACAAGCACCAGAACUGGGUAUCUGGCCUCUCUCAGCACACUGGACUUGCCAUGGCAACUGAAAGCAUAUUGCAUUUUGCAGGCUACAAUAAGCAGAACACAACUUUAGGGUCUCCAGCUCCCUAUUUCCAGACAACACAACUAACUGAACGGCCAGCCUGUGUCAAAAAGGAUUAUUCCAAUUUCAUGGCAUCUCUGAACCUGCGUAACCGGUAUGCUGGAGAGGUCGCUGGCAUGAUCGAGUUCUCCAGAGCCACUAGUCGGACCUCUGAUUUGAACACGUUAAUGCUGAAAAAUCUGAAUAAUGCGUUGGAUUCAGACCAGCCAGAAGCAUACACCCAAGUCAUGUUCAAACUCGCAGCCAUGCUCAUCAGCAGCAAUGAUUGUGAUGCUCAGCUUCUACACCAUUUAUGUUGGGCUCCUCUUCGUAUGUUUACUGACCAUGGAAUGGAGACAGCCAUUGCUUGCUGGGAAUGGCUUUUGGCAGCUAAGAAUGGGAUUGAAGUACCGUUCAUGCGAGAGAUGGCUGGUGCUUGGCAAAUGACAGUGGAGCAGAAGAUUGGGCUGUUCUCACCUGAGCAGAAGGAAGCAGACCCUUUGGCUGCCUCAGAGCAAAGCCAACCUCAUCCAUGUCCUCCAGAAGUGAAUCCCCAUUACAUAUGGAUUGAUUUCCUGAUGCAAAGGUUUGAAAUUGCCAAGUAUUGCAGCUCUGAUCAGGUAGAGAUAUUCUCCAGUCUCCUGCAGCGAUCACUUUCCCUAAAUAUUGGAGGGGCAAAAGGAAACAUAAAUAGACAUGUGGCAGCUAUUGGACCCCGAUUUAAGCUGCUGAUUCUAGGCUUGUCAUUAUUACAUGCAGAUGUGGUUCCUAAUGCCACCAUUCGUAAUGUUCUUAGGGAAAAAAUCUACUCAACAGCAUUUGAUUACUUCAGUUCUCCUCCUAAAUUUCCAACACAAUCAGAAAAGCAACUCCGAGAAGAUAUAACCAUUAUGAUUAAGUUCUGGACAGCUAUGUUCUCAGACAAGAAGUACCUUACAGCCAAUCAGCUGGUUCCUCCAGAUAACCAGGAUCCCUCAAUGAACAGCCUGUCUGUAAUGGCGGAUGUGACGCGUAGUAAUUUAGAUGUAACGGUUGGAUCACGGCAACAAACAACCCAGGGCUGGAUAAAUACGUACCCUUUAUCCAGUGGCAUGUCUACAAUCUCCAAAAAAUCUGGAUUGACCAAGAAAACAAACCGAGGGACUCAGUUACACAAAUACUACAUGAAAAGGAGGACUCUGCUUUUAUCCCUCUUGGCUACUGAGAUUGAUGGCCUGACUACAUGGUACAACCCGCUGUCUGCUCCCGAGUUGGAGCUGGAUCAAACUGGAGAAAACAGUGUUGCCAACUGGAGAUCGAAGUACAUCAGUCUUAGUGAAAAGCAGUGGAAAGACAAUGUUAACCUGGCCUGGAGUAUUUCUCCUCAUCUAGCAGUCCAGUUACCUGCAAGAUUUAAAAACACUGAAGCUAUUGCUGGAGAAGUGACUCGGCUAGUGAGACUGGACCCAGGUGCUGUAAGUGACAUUCCAGAGGCCAUCAAAUAUCUGGUAACGUGGCAUACGAUAGAUGCAGAUGCUCCAGAGCUCAGCCAUAUUCUAUGCUGGGCACCAACUGACCCACCUACCGGACUGUCUUAUUUCUCCAGCAUGUACCCUCCACAUCCACUAACUGCCCAAUAUGGGGUCAAAGUACUGCGAUCAUUCCCUCCGGAUGCCAUUCUUUUUUACAUUCCACAAAUUGUUCAAGCUCUGCGGUAUGACAAGAUGGGUUAUGUUCGGGAAUACAUUCUGUGGGCAGCUUCCAAGUCCCAGCUCUUGGCUCAUCAGUUUAUCUGGAACAUGAAGACGAACAUUUAUCUUGAUGAAGAAGGACACCAGAAGGACCCUGACAUUGGAGAUCUGCUGGAGCAGCUCAUGGAGGAAAUCACAGGAUCCCUUUCAGGGCCUGCCAAAGACUUCUACCAGCGGGAGUUUGACUUUUUCAAUAAAAUCACCAACGUGUCUGCCAUUAUUAAACCAUACCCUAAAGGAGAAGAACGUAAAAAAGCUUGCCUUAAUGCCCUGUCUGAAGUCAAGGUGCAGCCAGGUUGUUACUUGCCCAGUAAUCCAGAAGCUAUAGUUUUGGAUAUAGACUACAAAUCUGGAACACCCAUGCAAAGUGCGGCAAAAGCUCCAUAUCUUGCCAAGUUCAAGGUCAAGAGAUGUGGAGUCAGUGAGCUGGAGAAGGAAGGCCUUCAGUGCCGCUCAGACUCCAUUGAUGAAAGUGAAGAGGAAGAUGUGGAUAAAAAGAUAUGCUGGCAAGCGGCCAUCUUUAAAGUGGGAGAUGACUGCAGACAAGAUAUGCUGGCCUUGCAGAUAAUUGAUUUAUUCAAGAACAUUUUCCAGCUGGUUGGGCUUGAUCUCUUUGUCUUUCCGUACAGAGUAGUGGCAACAGCUCCUGGGUGUGGAGUUAUCGAGUGUAUUCCAAACUGCACCUCCCGAGAUCAGCUAGGCCGACAGACAGACUUUGGCAUGUAUGACUACUUCACUAGGCAGUACGGAGAUGAGUCUACUCUGGCAUUUCAAAAGGCUCGAUAUAAUUUUAUUCGGAGUAUGGCGGCCUACAGCCUUUUGCUGUUCUUGCUUCAAAUUAAAGAUAGACACAAUGGCAACAUCAUGCUGGAUAAGGAGGGGCACAUCAUUCAUAUUGAUUUCGGAUUUAUGUUUGAGAGCUCCCCUGGGGGCAAUCUGGGCUGGGAACCGGAUAUAAAGUUAACUGAUGAGAUGGUGAUGAUCAUGGGGCGCAAAAUGGAAGCUACACCUUUCAAGUGGUUCAUGGAGAUGUGUGUACGUGGCUACCUGGCUGUCAGGCCUUACAUGGAGGCUGUAGUAUCUCUGGUCACACUCAUGUUGGACACAGGGCUUCCUUGCUUCCGUGGGCAGACAAUAAAAUUGCUGAAGCACAGGUUUAGUCCUAAUAUGACCGAGAAAGAGGCAGCAAAUUUCAUCCUGAAGAUAAUUCAAAACUGCUUCCUCAGCAACAGGAGCAGAACGUAUGACAUGAUCCAGUACUAUCAAAAUGACAUCCCUUACUGAGCUCCUUCUGAUCGGUGCAGCCUUCCUGUGUGUGUAGUGAUCUCUAGUCCUGUGUCUCUGCAGGUUAGGGGGAUUGCAGCAAGUGGGAAAUCUGCAGAUAUGGUCACUUGGGGGGUGGUAAGAGUCAAUCAGAUUACAUUGUGGCGACAAUUUAGCCAAUUUUUGCACUGGUUUGUUGAGUUCCUUCUGUCCAUAAUACAUUUGUAGCUGAAUCAUGAGACUGUUCUGUUUGUAAGACUAAAGUGCAAUAUAUGUUAAUGCUGAGUUCCCAGAACUGAGCAUGUUAUUUCGCUGAAGUGGCCCUGGGGUAGGAAGCACAAAAUAUUCAUAUUUAUUAACUGAAAUGCAGAUAUUAUUUUACCUAA